UUAUAACAAGUUACUAUUGCCUUUUGUGUUUUGAAAAUGUGAUCUGCUAAUCAUGUAAAAAUUAUCUUCUGAUUCUCGAGAACAUUAAAUAUUUAAAUUGUUCCUUUGGCCUUUUGGAUGACAAAUAAGAAUAAAUGGAUCCCGUCUUUAAAAAUAUAUAGAUGAUUAAGAAAGGAAAUGGAGAUAUCAUGUUUAUUGAAAUCUUUUCCAGAAUUAUAACGAAAAGCACAUGCUUCAAGUAUGUGAGAUGCCUAAGGUAUUUCUAAUUAUGCAUUUGAAUGUUAAAUGUCUGUCACAGAAUAACUGCAAACUGAAAGUCAUCUUUCCGCAAUUAUGGCCUAAGAUAAACUGACAUUGACUUCUAUUAUCCAGAUGGCUCACUAAAUUUUGUGUGCUAUUUUCAUUUUAAAUUUAGCUUAAAUUAUUGUGAUAUUAUGAUUGUUUCUGUUACUGGCAUGCAGAGCUGAAUAUGAUCCAAAAAGUGAUUUAUUGGAUUAUGAGUUCAUGCUAAAAGGGAAAUGGUUUCAACGAAAGGACGUGGAGGUAAAGUUAAACAUAGAUUCAUUACGUCAGUAAAAGCAUUGGAUGUCGGAAAAUGCCUUAAAAGAUUGAUUUCAGUUUAUUUUAUAGUUCAUGACUAAAUUGUCAAACCAUAUGCUCUAAAAUCAUUCCAUUUCAUAAUUUGUUCCAACUCCUAAGUUAUUUGAUUGCUCUUUCGGAGAACUGUCACGUGAAGUAUUUCUGUUCUAGGAUGCCAAAAGGAAUGAUUUGUUAGCCUAUUUAAAAAACAUAAGUUUUAACACACAAAAUGUUUGCAUGUGAUGUUCUAAUUUUAUAUACCAAUUCAAUUGCAAAGUUCUUGUUGAUGUUUCUUUUUUUUCCCCCAUCAUAAGCCUUCUUUUGUUAUUAAGUCAUAUUCUAUUUAGUUCAGUUGAUGACCUGAAUUAUCAGUCUGUCAUGUAAUAUUUGAUAUUUUGCAGAUAAAAAAUAGUCGAGGUGAUGUUCUUCAAUGUAGUCAUUACAUGCCUAUCGUCAGCCCUAAUGGAAAGCGUCUGCCAUGUGUAAUAUAUUGCCAUGGAAACAGGUCACUCUGUGACAUUAUGCAUUUGUUUUUGUCCUUUAGACAUUAGGUGUAGACUGUCAUCGAGUAAAAGUAUAUUGUUGAAGUCUCAAGUGAGUGUUUUGGGUGAACAUCAUUGAUAACAACUGAUAAGAACUUGAGAGAACCAAACCACAUUCUAAGGCCUUAUAUAUCCGACACUAAAAUCACAUAUUUUCAUUGUGGGACUUGAGUCUCAUACCUUGCAAUCAAGAUCCUAACAUCAUUGAAGUUCCACAUCAGCUCCAUGUAUGACUAAAUAAGAGUUUAUAAAAUUUAAAAAAAUCCUCACCUUAUGAGCUAACUUGUGUGGUUGAGUUAGAUUUAAACUCCAAUUUAAGAUAUACAAUGAAAAUAUAUAACGGAUAAUUCAGCAUAAAAAGAGAAUUGGAGAAGUAAUAAACAAAACAUUAAGUGUACUUGUGUAGUUAGUUGGGUUUUUAUGUCUUAGAAGUUUGGCUGUUGGUUUGAACUCAUUUUAAUCUAUAAGGCUCUUCUUGUCCCCCUUUAUUUCAAACAUCAGUGUCUAAACCACAAUUCACUUUUCUAGAUUUUAUUAUGAUUUUUUAGAUAUUCAUAAUUCUCAUAUCUUUUGAGGUUCUUUGCUGGUGGUUGCUUGUUUGGUAUUGCAUUUUAUUGAUUUCAAUUUCGUAUGGUCUUUGCUCAUUUUGUGCAAUGUUUAUGGCAGUGGAUGUAGGGUUGAUGCCAGUGAAGCUGCUAUGAUUUUACUUCCUUCAAAUAUUACUGUUUUUGCUCUCGAUUUCUCAGGAUCGGGUGUAUCUGGCGGAGAGCAUGUAACUCUAGGUUGGAAUGAAAAGGAUGAUCUGAGGGCUGUGGUCAACCAUCUGCGGGCAGAUGGGAAUGUCUCUCUGAUUGGCUUAUGGGGACGCUCAAUGGGUGCUGUGACUAGCCUUAUGUAUGGUGCCGAGGAUCCUUCAAUUGCAGGGAUGGUUUUAGACAGUCCCUUCUCUGAUUUGGUUGAUUUAAUGAUGGAACUUGUAGAUACGUACAGAUUCCGUCUGCCAAAAUUCACGGUGAAGUUUGCAAUUCAAUACAUGCGAAGAACAAUCCAGAAGAAGGCAAAAUUCGACAUAAUGGACUUGAACACUGUUAAGGCAGCAAAAUCUUGUUAUGCUCCUGCUCUACUAGGGCAUGCCAUUGAUGAUGAUUUUAUACGUCCUCAUCACUCAGAUCAUAUACUUGAGGCUUACAUGGGAGACAAAAGCAUAAUUAAAUUUGAGGGAGAUCACAACUCUUCCCGUCCUCAGUUUUAUUUUGAUUCCAUAAACAUCUUUUUUCACAAUGUUUUGCAACCUCCAGAGGAUGAGUUUGGGGAAUCAUUUUUUGAUAUUAUGAAUAAUUACUUUGGUAAGGAUGUUUGGAGAUCUAUGCAUGAAUUUGACGGAAGUAAUGAACCAUCACUUGAAAACAAAGAACCAUCAACAAGCAGUACCGUUGAUGCCAUUAAUCAAGUCUGUUCAAAAAGAUCAAUGAGAAGGAUGGAGGCAGAGAAAUGCAAUGAUUUUUCGUCAUCUUCUACAAUGAUAAGUUUUGAAUUUUCAAACGGUCAUCUCCACGAUCCCCUUGUUCCAACCGAUCUAGAUGAUGACCGGUACGUGGAAUAUCAACUCAAUGACCUUGCAGGAUUUCCAUCUAGUGCAGAGGAAGAACAAAGAAUGUUCAUGGAAGCAGUGACAGAGUCACUGAAAGACAGAAAUCCACCAGUAGAACAACCACCUGUCAGCAGUUCUAAUACCGUGUCUGUAGGGCCAUCAGAUAAAGAUGACUCGCAUACUUCUUCACAUGAAAUUUCCAAAACUAUGGAUACAGAACCUUGUUUCGUCAAGCGCAGUGAACAUUCAACAGCCUCAACGCUUUCCAUUGCAUCUGAUCUAUGUGGACCCUUGAAAGCUGAGUCAAAUUCCCAAGAUCUGGCAUCUGAGCCAAGUCCAGUACCAAGUAUUUCAUCAAACAAAAUACCAACACCACAAUUGGACACUUCAUUAGUCACUGAUUCUGGCAAUACUGAUAGUACUUCUGCUAGCUUACAAAGUUCAUCAGACACUGACAUUUCGCACAACACAAAAGCUACAUUGACUGUUGUUAAGAAUCCAACAGGCCAUGUCAUAAAUGGCUUAUUGCGUCGUUGGGAUUUCAAAUUUUUCAGAAACAGUCACAACCGAUAAGAGUCUCAUUUAUCCUCUAUUGGUUAGACAUUGCUUUUGUAACCAUAAAAAUAUAUAGAGUUUGUAAAGUGCUCAAAAAAAGAAAUAGGUCGCUUGUACAAGUGUAUGUUUAGAUUAUCAUCUAACAAUUCAUCUAUUUUCUUUCACUGAGAGAGAAUUGUGUUUUCACCCCUUUGAACAGAGAUUUCUGGUGUCUCCAUUAGUGACUCAUGCUUGUGCAUGAUUUUCGUAAUCUUCCUUGGAUGCAUUUUUAUUUUUAUUAACAAAGAUUGGUGUAAUUGUAUCCAACUACUACUACAGGGUGGCUUUCUUC